AUGCGAAGCGAUGCGACCAUUUCUCCGACGAAAAGAGAACUCUUGUCUCAGCUAUCAAGAAUUUAUGAUCCGCUUGGACUGGUAGCGCCGGUCACAGUUCUACUCAAGCUAAUCUUCCAAGAAAGCUGGACAAGUGUCCUGCAGUGGGACGACCCCAUUCCUGAAAGUCUACGUACGCGCUGGAGAGCCUUAGUAGAGGAUUUGCCAGCACUUACGCAAUGCCAAGUACCACGGUAUAUUGCGUCACCAUUUCGAGAUGUUCAACUACACGGAUUCGCCGACGCAUCCUCGCACGCCUACGGUGCGCUAGUUUACGCUCGAGUUGCAGUUGGAUGCAGCUUUCAAGUAACUCUGGUUGCCGCCAAAACACGGGUGGCCCCGAUCAAGCCCGUAUCAAUUCCACAUUUGGAGCUAAACGCUAUUGUCGAAACAUCACUAACAAUUCCUCUUUUCAGCACGAGCUGCUGGACAGAUUCAGAAAUUGUGCUACACUGGCUUUCAGCUCCCCCUCGACGGUGGAACACCUACGUCUGCAACCGAACUUCUGAGAUAUUGAGCGACUUUCCCCGUAGCUGCUGGAACCAUGUUCGCACGGAAGACAAUCCUGCUGAUUGUGCUUCCCGAGGACUUCAUCCGUCAAAGCUUCUGGAGCAUCGACUGUGGAAUUCGGCACCAUUCCUUACGUCUGAAGAGUUGCUGGACGCACAGCGCCGACUUAUUCGACAUGUGCAACAAAAAUCCUUUGCCAGAGAAUAUGCGCAGCUAGAGAGUCGACGCCAGCUUAACGCCAAAUCGCAUCUUAUCCGGUUUUCUCCGUUUCUGGAUGAUUAUGGAGUAAUGCGAGUCGGUGGGAGAAUCGAGCAAUCUACACUCAACUACAACGCCAAGCACCCGAUUCUGAUACCUAAAGAUACACCACUAGCUGGACUGCUGGUUCGACAUUUUCAUGUCUCCUAUCUGCACACUGGAGUUGAUGCAACGUUCACCAAUCUUCGUCAGCAGUACUGGAUUCUGGGAGCCCGCAAUCUCGUACUUUACAUCGAGGUUGUUAGUGAGCUAACUACACAGGCUUUCAUCGCAGCCUUUCAACGAUUCAUUGCCCGCCGAGCGAAGCCUACUGACCUGUAUUCGGACAACGGAACUACAUUUCAUGGAGGCAAGCAAACUUUGGAUGACAUGAGACGUCUGGCCAUUCAACAAGCCAAAGAUGAGGAAUGCAAGUCAAUCGAUUGGAGAGGUGGAAUCAGCUGCAAGCCAUGGUUCAAGGCUUUUGGAAAAGGUGGCAUAUGGAAUACCUGA